UUUCCCUCUCCCCCUUCUCAUUCGUUCUCCGUCUCUCAGCGGCAGCAGCUCGGGGAGGCAGCUGUAUGUGCGUCUGCAUCACGAUUUGCCACAGGUAAAGCAGGACAGCUGCAAUCGUCGGAUGUUGCUAACCCCGGAGGGGGUUGAGGAGCCUUCGGUGCUACGGUUGCAAGUUCCCAUCCCGGCGCCGGGUGCACAAUCCUAAUCAUCUCCAAGAAAGAGAGAGAGAGAGAAGAGAGGGAAAAAAGCAUCCUGGAGGGGAAGGACGAGCAGAAGAUCCCAGCAACCAGACCAACAAAUCACAGGCUGACUCGAAAGAAGAGCUUUGAGGGCAGAAAGCAAGAAUCAGUGGGAUAUUUUUCCUGUUUUUCCUUCCUCUCAUCUCUUGCUUUGCACUCUUUCAUUCAUUCCCAUCCACUCCCUGCUUCUCUCAACCUCUUCCUCUCGCAUCUUUAUCCCCUCUGUGGCGGAAUGUUCUCCGCAAAUAGACGAAGAGAAGCUUUUCCUGAGCACUUGCUGCUGCGUUAUUAAACCAACAGUAUACUGAGGCAGUAGACAGCUGAGCGGACAGCUUGGGGAAAUCUGAUCCGCAGCUGGCUGGAGAAGGAGCAGGAUCACGCGUUGCAGUUGCAGAUUUAUCCGCCCUGUGAUACUGCGCGACAACACCCCUCAUUCUUUUUUUCCUCCCUGUCCUCAGCUCAAGUGUUUUCUUUCUGACUGGAUUGUGGAAAAUUAAUUGGAUUGUACUGCUUUGUUUUUAGAGCUCGCUGGAAUUUGGAGCACAAGGAGGCAAAGUGGGGGCCAGAGAGUGAUAAAUAUUGAAGGGAAAGAAAAGGCUGAUUUGGAAGACAACGGGGUGACAAAGAUAGCGGAUAAUCGUGGGAGAGUGCCGAAGAGACGCAUACAUCUCUUCGCUCUGACUCUCUUUCAGUUACGAAAGAGACACAUUUUGGGAUCCAAGGGACGCUGACUUGGCUAAAGCUGUUGGAGCAGACUGCAUCAGGCAACAUUUUUUUAUUUUUUUCGAUCCUGCAAGGCGUGGAGAAGCAACCAGACCCACCCUGCAAGUUUCAUCCUCUGAAUAGAUCCUGUCGUCCCACCUUGGAUCAUACAUGGAGGGGACAUACAUGCAUGCCAAGUGAAAAUAGUUGUGGAUUUUUUGCUGCAAUGGCAUCCCGACACUGAUGCCAUGGAUUUCUCACAUGCACAGAUGUAAAGCUGUUGCCUUCCCACCCAUCUCUCCCUCCCAUCUCUCUCUUUGUCCCUCUUUUCUCCCGUUAGAGGCGUCACUUCUUCCACUUCUCCUCCUGCUUUUUUACCCUGCCGUGAACGUUCCUGGAGUUCACUGUUGCUUCUGUUGGACAUCGAGAGUUUAGGCAGGACUAAACACGGACUAAUCGGCCGAUUAUCCGUCUACGCCAGCUCUCUUGUUUCUCACUGGGUGUCACUGAGUGUGAGUGUGUGUGUGUGUUUGUGAUUGUGUGUCUGCAUGUAUCUCCUGCAACCCUCCCCUUCUCUCUAUCCUUGGAAUACAUAUCUGUGCACGUGUUAUUGAGAGUCAGAUCCUGUGGAGUGCUUCUCUAUCCAUUAUUUCACCUUUCCCUUUGUCUUUUUCUCAAUGUCCGGCAUUGUUGGGAACCUUUCUACCAUGUGCUACGGAUGCCUAUCGCAGGGUUAACCCUCACUGAGCCAUAAAAGGACGGCAGGAAAGGAUGAGUGAGUGUUCUGGGGCAGCUGUGUCCGGGGCGGUGAUCCUGGAGGAACCUGAGCGUUCCGGGGCCUCCGGUGCCCGUGGAGAGGCCCAGGCCCAGGAUCAGGGUCCCCUCCGCUGUGCAGUGUGGCCUCGCCAGCAGACAUGGCUGUGUGUGGUCCCCUUGCUUAUUGGUUUCAUCGGCCUCGGAUUGAGCCUGAUGCUGCUGAAAUGGAUUGUCGUUGGCACAGUUCGGGAUUUUGUGCCGACAGAUCUGGUGGAUCCUAACCGAAUAGGCCAAGAUCCCAUCUUCCUCUCCAAGCCAAGCGGGAUUCCCAAGAGUCCCGACACUACCACUACUACCACUACGCCUACAGUCGACGGUGGGAACCCCACGCCUCGAACUGUAACUGUGGCGAAAGGUAGAACUCGCACCACUGCUACCACCACUACGAUAAACUCCAGAGGGGGCGGAGCUUCUGGUAGCCAGGUAACCCCUCGGAAUCCUGGAAAUCGUAACGGACGCGGACCUUUGGGUUUUACUACGACCACUGCAGCACCGCGGACAACCUUCAUAAUCGGAGGUGCGACGUCGAGCUCGUCUCCGUCCAAUCCAACAGUUCUGCACGACUCUACGCAGAUGUGGACAGCGGAACAUACAACCACGGAGAUGGUUUCCACGACACUCACCACCCGUACGCACGGCCAUCGCAAAACACCUUCUCCGACCGUCCCUCCGCUGCACUCGGAGCAUUUUAAACCCUGUCAUGAGAAGGACUUGGCCUACUGCCUGAACGGCGGUGAAUGCUUUGUCAUCGAGACGCUCAGCGGGCCUCACAAGCACUGCAAGUGUCGAGAAGGCUACCAGGGGAUCCGAUGCGACCAGUUCCUGCCCAAGACCGACUCCAUCCUCUCCGAUCCAAACCACUUGGGCAUCGAGUUUAUGGAGAGCAAAGAGGUCUACAAGAGACAGGUGCUGUCAAUCACCUCGAUCGCCAUGGCGAUCAGCCUCCUGGGGACCCUGUGCAUGGCGCUGUACUGCCGCAACAAGAGGCGCAGGGAGAAGCUGCAGGCCCACCUGAAGGAGAGUCGUAGUCUGAAGAACUACACCACUAAUGCACUGGAGGCCAAGAUCAGAGCCCCGAACACCAACCUGCAGAUGCAUGAGUACUGUAAAAGAACCUCCCAGCCUCGCCAGGGGAACGUCUGUGAGUCCAGCUUCGCUCAGUGCAGCAUCUCCUCCAACGAUCUGCCCAGCAGCUCCAGAGGCGGUGCAAAACACCACAGAAGUGGUUCAUUGUCUCACAGCCCCGACCAGAGAACGAGGGCAGCCCUUUGGUCGACUCCUCGCAGGACUCCACCCAUUCCCAGAGGAAGGCUGAACCCAAUUGGAGGAUCCAAGUACUCUGGCCCCGCCUACCAGCACCUUCAGGAAGUGGACUCAACUGAGAAGGAGGCAGAGGCACAAAGAAGUUUUCAGGCGGAGAACCGAAGACCAGACGAAGGCUUCCUAAAUAUGCAAACUCCCGUUGCCGUGGAGACGCUGUUGCCCUGGAGCGACCGCGUGGAGACGAACCCGGAUCCCAACCAAGCCUCCCGCAGUCUGAGGCGACCAGCUCGCCGCCACGGCAACCACUUCCCACCGCCGCCCUUCCGCUCCUGCUCCAUCCCCAUCAUCCCAUCCGUGCAGUGUCACCAUGACAACGAGGCGUCCUGUAUGCAAACCAGCGUCGCCCCAGCAACCGCAUCAAUGUCCACCUGCGGAGAGAGGAGGGAGAAGAUGGUGCCACCGCAUGCCAAUGUGCUCUUCUCCACUUCCUGCUCGUCUGCCAUUGGCCGGCAGCAGGACGAGGUGGCACUGCUGCUGGAGGAGGCGCAGGAACAGCUCCGGGCGUUGGCAUUGGCUCACCGGAAACAGGAAGAGGGCGGAGUCAUCAUUAACGGCGGCAGUGGCGGCGGAGCCAUGGUGGCGCCAGUGGAGGCCAGAGAAACUGUUUGCUUCCUGAACCUUAACGGAGGAAGCGGCGGGUCGCUGAGCUGCAGUGGACCAACGCAGACCCAGCUGCUCAGCCCCAGCCAAUCACACAGAGACCUGGGCCAGAACAGCCAAUGAGAGGACUCGAUUUUUGAACGCUGACAGAUGGAACUGCCGAAUCUGUGGAAAAAAAAGAAAAAAACACGUAAUAUCAUGGAAAUUCUGAAAAUGUGCUGAUGAUAUGCAUACAAACACUUCUGGAGUGGCCGCCGCCUUUACACCGACCGGAAAAAAAGAGGAAAAAAAUAUUUACAUGCAUUUAUUUACAAAAAGGAAGAAAAAAACACUUCUACUUAGACAAAAAGAAACCAAAUAGUCUGUCAAAUCCAUGGUGUUUUUAAUUGUAAAAAGAAUAUAUAAAUAUAUAUAUAAAUAUAUAUGGAUAUAAAUAUAUGGAAUUCAAAAAGUGACCAAGUACAAAAAGUUGAAAAACACAGGAAUGAUGUAACUAUUUUUCUUGUUUUUUCUUCUCCUCUCCCCUGUUUUGUAUUAAAACUCUGUCACGUUUCUUUGGGCUCGGCUGGAAGAACUUUCGUUUCAUUCUGUGAGCCGACGAGGAAGAGUUCACUCCCCCUUUUUGCCUUUUUAAAGAAAAAACCUGACAAACUCAGCCAAGAAUUCCAGCGCAGCCCUCCGAGUUAAUCAGCAACACUUUGAGGAUUUUCAAAAUAAAAGCUCCCCGGCUGUAUGUCUGCGUGCGCGUGUGUGUGUGUGUGUUCAUGCUGGGAAGCAGCAAGUGGGAAAAUAUGGAAAUAUCCGCAUUAUUUUGUUGGGAAGAAUUCAGAUUAUUUUUCUUUUUUGUUACAAAUUCUAUUUUCACACACACACACACUCACCUGUGCAUUAUUCUCAUUAUUUGUUUUGAACGGACUGCAGGACGGACGGACGGCUUUGGUUCACCACAGGAGCUAAUUUUGUUUUUAGUUUUAGUUUGUUUUCCAUUUCUGGUUAUUAAUGAACAAUGCUGCUUUCUGAGGGACAACCACGUGGUUUUGGUAUUGAAACAAGAAAUAAAUGUCUCUAUGUUGUAUCCCAUGAA